UCAAAUUAAGACAAUCAAAACGCACGCGCAGCCGUUUCGUCCUUCUACUUCCCAAACAAGUUGGACUCGCUCUCAACUCAACCGCUCGGAAAACCCUGCAGGACUUUCUCGUCUCCCGACACAAUCAUUUGUUUUUUUCUUCAUUGAAGGGUUAAAUUAAACGAAUUUCAAUUGCCAAAGCCGUUUCUAUUAUUAUGGGGACUGAAACUGCGUCAAGAGAUAACUCUCUCAUUCUCAUCAAGCAAGGAGCUGAAGCUAGGGUUUUCGAGUCUUCUUUUGUGGGAAAACGGUCUGUUAUCAAGGAACGCUUCUCAAAGAAGUACAGGCAUCCAACUUUGGAUUCCAAAUUGACACUCAAGCGCUUGAAUGCGGAGGCGAGGUGCACAACCAAGGCAAGGCGACUUGGGGUUUGUACACCCGUGUUGUAUGCUGUUGAUCCUGUUUUGCACACUUUAACAUUUGAAUUUGUUGAGGGACCUUCAGUCAAAGAUGUAUUGCUUGAAUUUGGAUCAUGUGGUAUCAAUGAAGAGCGGAUGGGCAAGAUUGCAUCCCAAAUUGGUGAUGUAAUUGCAAAGUUACAUGAUGGUGGUCUUGUUCAUGGUGAUUUAACAACAUCAAACAUGUUACUAAAGAGUGAUACUGAUCAAUUGGUUCUUAUUGACUUUGGUUUGAGCUUCACUUCUACUCUACCAGAAGAUAAAGCUGUUGAUCUGUAUGUCCUGGAAAGAGCCCUUAUUUCAAUGCAUUCUUCAUGUGGUAAUGUGAUCGAUAAGAUACUUGCUGCUUACCGCAAGUCAUCGAAGCAGUGGUCAUCCACAUUGAACAAGCUGGCAGACGUGCGACAAAGAGGACGAAAGAGGACCAUGGUUGGAUGAUUAUUUCCCAAGUUUCAUUUUCUCAUUGAGGUAAAAAAGAGGGUGACUACAAAUCAAUGUUAUAAACAUAAUUUAUAUGUACCUCUUAUAUGCACAUCUCUUACUGUUUAGAAAAUGCAACAUUUGAACUUCGAUUGAAGCUUUUCUGUGUGCUUAUUUUGACAUUUACACGUCCAUGGUUUAAAGGCUGUGCUUGUUACUAUAUUGGUGGUUAUUGGUUAAAUCGUCAAUAAUCAACAAUGAUAUGUAAAAACAAAAGUGCAUUCAUCAGUGGAAUGCACCAGGAUUCACCAAGUUUUAUUGA